AUGUCCUCCGAGCCAGUAACGGAGAAGCCAAUCGAAGUCGCAGGCAUCGAGAAGGACAUGGCCGCUGUUAAUUUGGGAAGCGUCACCAACGGAACGACAUCUCCAAAGUCAAUUGAGGAGAAUGGACCAAGCCCACUGAGACCGCCGUUCCUAAAUCCUCUCGAGACUUCGAAACCUCCCCCCCCACCAGAACUGACGGAAGAACAACAAAAGAAAUACGAUGCGCUCUUAGAAACUGUCAAGUCGUGGACCGACAUUCCAGCCAAGGAUUCUAAAGGUGGCCCUCUCACGGAUGAGGAACGGUUAUGGCUGACCAGAGAAUGUUUGUGCCGUUACUUGCGAGCAACAAAAUGGUCUGCUACGGAAGCUCCAAAACGACUUUUAGGGACUUUGACUUGGAAACGGGAGUAUGGUGUGAGCGGUCUUACGGGCGAUGAUCUUUCAAUUGAAAAUGAAACCGGCAAACAAUUCAUCUUGGGUUAUGACAACGAAGGUCGACCAUGUCAUUAUUUGAACCCUGGAAGACAAAAUACCGAACCUAACCCCAAGCAAGUACAGCAUUUAGUAUUCAUGCUUGAGCGAUGUAUUGAUUUAAUGAUACCGGGUCAAUUUACGCUCGCAUUGUUAAUCAACUUCAAGGCCAGUAAGAGCAGAUCGAACACAGCACCUGGCAUUGGGCAAGCUAGGGAAGUCUUGAACAUCCUUCAGACUCACUAUCCCGAACGACUUGGAAGGGCCUUGAUUAUCAACAUUCCCUGGAUGGUUAACGGCUUUUUCAAACUCAUCACUCCAUUCAUCGAUCCCCUGACUAAAGAAAAGCUGAAGUUUAAUGAUGAUAUGAAGCAACAUGUACCUCCUCAGCAACUCUGGGCCGAGUUUAAUGGAGAACUUGCAUUUGAAUAUGAUCAUGCAACCUAUUGGCCGGCGUUAAUUCAGAUGUGUCAGGAGCGACAAAAGAGUGUGUAUGAACGCUGGGUCCAAGCGGGAAAGCAUAUCGGAGAAAGUGAGGUUUAUUUGAAGGGUGCAAAUGUUCCUAGCAUUGGCGGUGCUGCAGCUGAAGAGUCGUCAUCAAAUGGCCAUGCUGUCGAGCCAAAGACAGUCGAAGCAUCAUCUACAAGUGCCUAG